CACAGUUAAGAUUCCAGACUUUUCAUUCAAUUUACUCUUCAUAUAUUUAUAAUUUAUACUUUUAAUUAUCUCCAUAUUUUCCAAAUUUAUAAUUUAUCCUAAAUUUUCCCUACCGACUCUUAUAUUUCCCACUUUUAAUUCCCUAACAAUUUUAUAAUUUUAUAAUUGUAUAAUUAAUUUAUUUGGGAAACUGUGAUUCAAGAUGAUGGGCUUUGCGGGGAAAUCGAAGCAAAAGCGCUUCAUCAACGAUGGUGUUUUUAAUGCGGAAUUGAACGAGUUUUUAUCGAGGACUUUGGCUGAGGACGGGUACUCUGGUGUGGAGCUGAGGAUCACGCCUGUUAGGACUGAGAUAAUAAUAAGAGCCACGAGGACUCGUGAGGUGCUGGGCGAAAAGGCCAGACGUAUCAGAGAGCUCACAUCACUUGUCCAAAAACGUUUCGGGUUCAGUUCAGACUCUGUGGAGUUGUAUGCUGAGCGUGUGGAGAACAGGGGACUCUGUGCCAUGGCACAGGCUGAGUCGCUACGUUACAAACUACUCAAGGGAUUAGCCAUCAGACGUGCGGCCUAUGGCGUUUUAAGGCAAAUUAUGGAAUCUGGCGCUAAGGGUUGUGAAGUCAUAGUCUCAGGUAAACUCAGAGCACAAAGAGCCAAGAGUAUGAAAUUCAAAGACGGGUACAUAAUCUCCACAGGACAGCCAGCACAGGAAUAUGUCAACACCGCCGUAAGAUCCGUACAACUACGACAAGGCGUUUUGGGCAUUAAAGUUAAAAUCAUGCUACCAUAUGAUCCCGAAGGAAGAUUAGGACCCUCCACUCUACUUCCCGAUACCGUCACCGUACUCGAUCCCAAAUAAUCAUAAUAUCAUAUCAUAAUAUA